GGGCUGUUUUCGGCGGAUGGCAGAGCGCGGAUGCAGUGUCGGGCGCUGGACGGCAGCUGACUGGGUCUUGACAGCAUGGAGCGUCCGAGCGCCCACUGACACUAUUUAAAAAAAAAAAAAAAAAAAAAGAAAAAAAACCCACGCAGAGACAGGAGUUUCGGUGUGUACAAUUAAUAAGAAAAUAACACGAAAAGGUGGGGCAGAGGCCGGAGAUGGAGGUGGAGAACCGAGCGAACGGGUUCGAGUACCCGGCGGCGGAGAGGAGCGCCGUCAAGUCCGUGUCCGGUUUCUAUCCAGACCACCCGUUGGAGGGGAACCAGACUGAUGCUAUAGAUGGAAUUAACGAAAACAACUUGGAUGACCAAGCUGAGCAACGCACGUGCCUCAUCUGUGGCGACCGCGCCACGGGCCUCCACUACGGCAUCAUCUCCUGCGAGGGCUGCAAGGGCUUCUUCAAGCGCAGCAUCUGCAACAAGCGCGUCUACCGCUGCAACCGCGACCGCAACUGUGAGAUGUCCCGCAAGCAGCGCAACCGCUGCCAGUACUGCCGCCUGCUCAAGUGCUUGCAGAUGGGCAUGAACCGCAAAGCCAUCAGGGAAGAUGGGAUGCCUGGAGGACGGAACAAAAGCAUUGGACCUGUGCAGAUCUCGGACGAGGAGAUCGAGCGCAUCAUGUCCGGCCAGGAGUUCAAGGAGGAGGCGAGUCUCCCCGACCACAGCUGGAGCAACAACGGCGACAGCGACCACAGCUCCCCUGGCAACGGCGUCUCCGAGGGCAACCAGCCCUCCCCGGCCUCCACGCUCUCAUCCACCCGCUCCAUGGAGAUGAACGGCUACGUGGCGGCGCUCAGGGACCAGUACAUGGGCACGCCGGUGGCGCAGCACUACCAGUUCCUGCCGCAGCUCUUCAGCUACGCCGCGGCGCAGUCGGCCCUUCUGCCAGCCCAGGCCCGCGGUCUGUACCCCCAGUCGCAGACGCUCAUCGCCCAGCUGGUGGCCGCCGAGGACCUGGCCCCCCUGAGCACCCCCAUGCUGAUCGAGGACGGGUACAGGGUCACGCAGGUGGAGCUGUUUGCGCUGCUGUGCCGGCUGGCGGACGAGCUGCUCUUCCGGCAGAUCUCCUGGGUGAAGAAGCUGCCCUUCUUCGGCGAGCUGUCCAUCGAGGACUACACCUGCCUGCUGAGCGCAACCUGGCAGGAGCUGCUGCUGCUCGCUUGCCUCACCAUCUACAGCGCGCAGGUGUUCGGCGAACUGGCCGACGUCACGGCCAAGUACAAGCCCUCGGACGACGAGCUCCAGGGCUUCAGCGAGGAUGGCAUGGAGGUGAUGGAGAGGCUGAUAUACCUGUUCCGCAAGAUCCACCAGCUGAAGAUCAGCAACGAAGAGUACGCCUGCAUGAAAGCCAUCAACUUCCUCAAUCAGGACAUCAGAGGCCUGUCCAAUGUCUCCCACCUGGAGCAGCUCAACAAGCGCUAUUGGUACGUGUGUCAGGACUACACGGAGUAUAAGUACCCCCACCAGCCCAAACGCUUCCCCGAGGUCAUGAUGUGCUUGCCGGAGAUCCGCUGUAUUGCAGGGAAACUGGUGAACGUGCCCCUGGAGCAGCUCCCCCUUCUGUUCAAGGCGGUACUGCACUCCUGCAAGUCCAGCGUGUCCGCCGGCGCCGACCCCGACAACUGAGCGACGCUCCCCGCUCCCUCGAACCCGCCCACCUGCACAUCGAGGGAUCCGCACCCCCACCCCCCUUUUUUUUUUGUGAAUGUGACAAGCAGCUAUUUUUUACUAUUGUCUCUAUAUAUUUAUUACACGACAGAGCUGAAUGUAUGACGACCUACGCGGUGCACAUGUUUCUGUACAAAGCGAAUGCACAAAAAAGUUUUGCAUUGCUCUUUGCAGUUUACGUUGUGUGUAUCUGAUUGUUUAAUGUUGCGCUGUUGCCAUUUUUAGGAGUAUUUUUUUAAUAGAUAUAUUUUAUUUCUUUGGGGAUACGGGCAAUUGUAUAACAAAAUUGUUUUAUUGAAAGACUACCUCAGGAACAUGUUAUUGCUAUUUCAGGUACCUUGUUUCCCCUUUGGAAAAAAAAGCCCCAGACUAUAAAUUAUACGAUCAGUAUUGUUCCCCCUCAAAUAGAAACCCUUUCAAAUGAUUAGAUGUGAGCCACUUUAAUUUCUAAGCAAGUCUUGUUUACUCCUUGUUACCAAAGAUCUUUGACAUGCCUUGUUGGGCCAACAAGGAAGCUGAAGUUUGCAGGAAUAGUCCAGUGUUAGAUAUGCAUUGCACCCCCCCACCCUCCCACCCCCACGUUUUUAUGAGAAUGUGUGACUUUUUGCAGAACAUCUCACUUGGCGGUUUGGCCUCGACUGGACGGUUCUGCGGUAUUUCAGCUGUAGUGUGACCGUUUAGGGACCUUCAGCGUUACCUGUUCUGCUGGAAUCCCCGGAAGUUUUAUGGAAGCGAAAAGGGGAGCUAAAACCAGUAAUUUAUUUGGUGUUUAUAAGUUACAAUAGGACAAUAAUGAAAAUAUACUUAGAUAGAUUGGACGGAUGCGCCGAGAGCUUCGAGCUGCACGGCGAUACUCAGAGGUCUCGGUUCUGCUGAAGGCUCUCCUCCGUGGUCGCCCGGGUUCAGCUCUCCUCUUUUAUUCGAUGGGAGACGAACGGUGUCCCCGGGCGCACCGAGUUAUACUUCUUGUUGUGGAAAAAUCUAGAAUAAAUGAAUACGGGUAUUUUCUGCUAUCCUGGACUCGGAAUGAGGGAAGGAUAUAAUGAGGAAGAUUUUUUUUUUUUUUUUAGUUCUUAGACCAAAGUUUAUAAAUGUUAUGCAAAGUGUUUUGAGUGGCCUUCAAAUGUGCGGCCGCUGCGAGAUCCAGCUCAGAAC